AUGGCUACCCCCAGUGUUCUUACCUUUGACACUGAGGGCCGUGCUGUUGACUUUGAGGUCUGGGUCGAUGACCUCCAGCUGUUCCUCCAGUGCGAUAGGGCAGACGGCCUCUCUUUGUUCGACCUCACCUCUGGUGCCUCCCCUGCCCCGCCUGCUACUACUGACAGCACUGUUCGCUCACAGUGGGCGACUCGCGAUGCUGCUGCCCGUCUUGCUGUGCGUCGCCACUUACCGACCACUGAGCGUGCACACUUUAGCCAGUACAAGACUGCUCAGACCUUGUACGACGCUGUAGUUGCGCGCUACUCUUCCCCUGCCACUGCUGCACUGAGCCGCCUCAUGCUACCGUACCUCUUCCCUGACCUUGCUGCCUUUCCCACAGUCGCUGACCUUAUUACGCACCUCCGCACUAGUGACACUCGCUACCGCGCUGCGCUUCCUACUGAGGACCACUUCCUCUCAGUUUGCCCCACCACUCUCACCGUUGACCUCCUCGAGAAGGCCCUCCUAGCAGCAGAGACGAGCAUAGUCGAUGUAGGAGCCUCUCGUGGUGACCCUCGCACCCCCGUCUUUGAGAGGUGUUGCCCCUCCCCCCUCUUGCCCUCUAUUGCUUCUUCUGCUGCUGCCGACCUCGUUGGUUUCUACGAGGUCGGCGCUGCGUCUGCCCCUAGCGGGAGACGCCGCACCGGCAAGGGCAAGGGGGGCAAGGGAACAGGAGGGGCUAGCGGGGGCGGUGGAGGUGGCGGUGGAGGCAGUGGAGGGGGUGGGGGUGGUGGUGGGAGUGGUGGUGGGGGUGGUGGCGGCGGCGGCAGCAGUGGAGGCGGAGGAGGCGGCGGUGGUGGCGGAGGGAGCGGAGGCGGCGGAGGUGGCGGAGGAGGCGGCGGUGGAGGAGGCGGCGGAUGCGGCGGCGGCGGCGGUGGUGGAGCAGGUCGCGACUCUACGCAGAGGAGUGGGUCAGGUGGUGGUCCGCGCUAG